CACACCCGCCCGAGCUGAAAAAGUUUAUGGACAAGAAGCUUUCACUUAAGCUCAAUGGUGGCCGUCAUGUUCAGGGCAUCUUGCGAGGAUUUGAUCCCUUCAUGAACAUGGUCGUAGAUGACAGUAUAGAAAUGGCUCCUGGAGGACAAAUGAACUCCAUUGGGAUGGUGGUGAUUAGAGGAAACAGUAUAAUCAUGUUGGAGGCUCUUGAACGAGUAUGAGGAUGAUACCCACUUUUUUCCCCCCUGCUUUUUUUGUAUCCAGCAAAUAUGGAAAAAAAUUGAUAUCUCAUGUCUGUUCACAACAAAG